AGUAAGUGAUGGGAAGAGAAAAUGGAACUGCAUCUUAUUUCCCAUCGGCAAAAUGUUUAUCGCCUGUUUUCUCGGUUCAUCAAAAAAUACCUGAAGCGAAAAAUGCCGCAAAUUUUUUUUUUGUAUGCUGGGAAAUUCUGUGCGUAGUUAUGUUCUGACAGAUAAUUGCAACCAAUUCACACUCGCCAUCUUUCAAGCGAACGAACGAAUGCAUCAGAAUUGUUGAAACAGUUAGUCGCUUCUUAAUGGUUUCUCCAUCGUUUGGGCGGUCAUAAAAUAAAACAUGAAACCGAGGUGCUAAUACAUUCACAUUUGCAUAUUCAUCGCCUUGCGGCUGCAUCGACUACAACACCGUCGAUUACCUAAUGGAGUUUACCGUUUUGCACGCAAAAUAAAACGUAUCCAAUCUAAUGACACUCAUAGACAAGUUCAUAGUUUUGCAAUGCUAACAUUGACUUUGAUAACAGAAUGGUGACACGUAUGCUGUGCAAGGAAAUCAUUAAGCAUGCCAAUUAAGACAAGAAAAAAGAAUGCCGUUCAAAGAAGAGUCACUUUUUUUCUGAUUUGGUUCGUGUUAGUGAAUAAAUAAUGCGUAAGCGGUUUGCAUGCCAAGCGAAAAUGAAAACAUCAAAUCCAAUUCCAUACAUUGUUUCACUGCGAUUGCUUCAUGCACCAUUUAAGAUUCGUUUUAAGAGACCAAACCCGAAGCAUUUUCAUAUAUGUAAACAUAUCCCAGCCAAAAUAAUGAAAUCCGUUAGCCAUUUUCUUUCAAUUUCAAGAAAGUCGAAUCGAAAUGAUGCGUGUCUGUAGAAUGCGAAUCAAAAACCGCCUUACAAAUUCGAUACAACAUUAAUUUACUUGUAUGCAUGAAUCAAAUAACAGUGUUCCAAUAUGCAGUAGAAGAUAAUAAUGUAAUAAAAUAAUCAAAUAGUAAAAUAGCAGAACAUAAUGAGAACCGCAACGAAAAAAAAGAUACGUUCGUUAAUAUUUGCUAUUCGUCUGUGUCAUAUUAUCCACUCAAAUGCUACGGCCGAGCGUGUAUUUGUACACUGCAAUGAGGAGAAUGUACUAUGAAAAUAGAAUAGAAAGAAAGCACGCACGCACGCACUAGUGAGAUACGUACACAGAGAGCAGAACAGGCACAGCUCACUGAAACAGCAAUAGCAAUAGCAGCAGCAGUAGUUUGUAUGUAGAAAAAGAUUUUUUUCUUUCAUGACUGCUUAUAGUUCGCCAGCGCAACGUAUGCGCGUAGUCGUUAAAUGCUCGGUCGAGACGAUGCCUACUCAUACUUACCUGGCGUAGAGGUUAUUCGUGAUCAUUAAGGCGAAUCCUCCGGAAUGAGUCUCUUUCAUUGCACUAUCGAAAGAGAUGAACUCUGCGAUUACGGCUUACGUUCGUAACUCGUGCGUAAUAUUUUUGGUAGCCGGGAUUAGCGUUCGCGCUAUCCCGAACUUAUUCUGACACCAUUUAAAAAAAAAAAAAACAAAUCCAAACAGAAACUCUGCCGUUAUUGAGUUUUCGGCUAACUUGUGCAUACCAUUGUAGUAGCCGUGAUUAAGCGUGAACACAAGCCCGAUUUAUCGCUUCCACAAUAAUGAAAACAACAACAACAACAAAAAUCCAAUGACAUCUUAGUUUUAAUGGUAGCGAUAGGCGCUUCAUCGAUAAUGGUUAGUGAUUCAGUGACGAAGACCCCGCUUGUCUUUUCCAAAUGGCCACCUUAUCAGAACGGUGCUAAUAAAUCACCAUCGUUGCGAAACCAAAUUUUCCAACACUUGCGGUCAGCCGGACGAAUUCCACCAAAUAUGCUUGUGAAACGAUACCCAUCGGCAAUGCCAGCAUUUAUGAUGCGACCCAUGAAAUAUCCACAAUUGAAAAAGGUGCCAAUUGCAGCGCCAUCGUAUUAUAGACCAACUAUUUCAACACCACCUCGGUAUCGAUUCCAAAGUUCACCAGGUGCACCAAAUUCGGGCGAAUACAUCUUCGAAAAUCCAUUCAAUAACCUUGUCCAUCAACCGAAUAAGCAAAAGGUUAGUUUGACCGAUGAUACGAAAUAUACUCCAAUACAUACUGUGCCGGCGCCAAAUUUGAACAAAAAUCUAGCUUAUUCCACACAACCCGAGUUUACACACAUUCAUGAGCCAGUCGAUAAUCAAAUUUUCGAACAAAAACAUCCACAAUUCAAUCAGAUUACAUUUAGACCGUUGACCGUGCCGCAAUAUCAAGUGACCGAACAAAUAAGCGAUCACACAAUUCGAGUGGAUCCAUUUACCGGCAAACCCAAAUUCUAUGGACUCGAUCCAGCUCAAUCGAUUCCAACGUACAAAAUCACACCGACAUUCGAUUCGUUCAACCAAGCAAACAGUGUUGCCUCUCGUCCUUUGCCAAUUGAAAUCAGUUUCAUUCCACAGCAACAGCCGCAGCCACAGACACAGCCACAGCCACAGCCACAGCCACAACCACAACCACAAGCACAAUCUAGCUCAGCUCCAGUUGCAGCCCCAUUAAUUCAAUUGGCCAAUCAAAUACCACAACAACAAUUGCCCGAUACAUAUGCGCUACCAAUUGGAAGUCAACCACAGUUACAACAACACUUAUUGCAACAACAAACGAUGCUCCAAAGUAUGCCAGUGUCGGUGUACAAUCCAACAUAUUUGGUUACCCAAUCGAAUAAUUUACUCAAACAGCAUCGAGAGCAAUUGUUCAAACCAGCACCGUCCUACUUAGACUCAUUGAAUCAAGCACCGGUCGAUUUGACUUCAGGCACCGCGCAAUCAUUGCUACAGGAUGUUAACUCGGUAGCGAGUGUUGGCCAAUUGAUAUCCUCAGCACAGAGUCAGCAUAAGGAAGCACAACAUCCCCAAUCACAGUCGCAUUCAAAUGCGAUCCCAUUGCGAACAGACUUCACAGCAUCACUGCCACAAACUGACAAUUCACCCACCUUCCAACGCUAUGUUGCCGAACGACCAACCAGCAGUGGCAUCGUCGUACACCACCAGCCGGUGCUCACUGAAUCCGAAUUGAACAGCUUGCUGAACAUUGGCCAACACGAUGCAGAUGAACAAAAUCGAUUUGUUGCGUCGACAUUUUAUCAACAACAACAACAACAACAACAACAACAACAACAACAACCACAGCCACAGCCACAACCAGAUCCACAAAUUGAAAUCGAAAAUCGGCAACGACAGCAAUUCAACGAUUUAACAAUCGCUAAAGCUAAUGAAGAACUCCAAGAGAGUAUCAGUUCGGCAGAGGUAACAAAUGGUCGCAAAAAGACAGCACAUCAACAGCAUCAGGAAAAACUUGCCGAACAAUUUUCGGGCAAAACGGCGCUCCGAAUUUAUGUUCCAGAUGAAGACUAUCAAAAGAAAAACGAAGUCAGAAGAUCGGACUUGUACCGGCCGGAAGCUAAAGCAAAAACCGAUUUUAUACCAUCAAGACGCAUAGAAGACUAUCGCGGGAAUGACAGCCAAUAUUUGCAAGAAGUUGAACCAGAAGACACAACGACCGAUGCCAGUGAAGACUAUCUUUCGCAUGACACGGAAUCAGUUGAUCGAUUGGCAUUAGAUGGUGAAACUAGAGAGCCAAUCAAUAGCAGCACAAUCGAUACAUACAACUAUUAGACGAUAAAAUAAUCGAAUACAAUUGAUUUUAAAUUGCAGAUGUUUGAGAAGAGACAUUUUUUUUUGUUAUCUCGCAAGUGCUUUCCAACUUAUUACUAACUUAUUCAAAUGUGCUGUAGCCGAUGUCACACAAAACGGUUAACAAUGCUUUUUGCAACAAGCUUCAUCAAUAAAAUCAUCGAUUCGAAAGGAUAUAGAAAUCAAUAAGAAAUGCCUGAAUUUGCAAUGGAUUUUAAUUCGAUUGUAAAUUUAUUCAUGCAAAAAAAAAAAAUUGAACAAAAUCGUCAGUCAUUCGAUCGGCAACGAGAUGGAAUUGUUCGUAGCUAAAAAUGAAAUCCAAAAUCCAAAUACAUUUAUGUAUAUAUAAAAUUAUUCUGCUCAUGUAUUUUUUUAUAUUAGAUUUUUAAAAUUAAAAAGAAAACGAAUCGUGCGUUAGUGAAAUGAA